AUGUACAGUAGCGGGAACUUCAAGCACGCAGGAGUUGAACGAAAAGACUACCAUGCUUCGCUUGACCUCGUCAGCCCUCCCGAGAAUGAGGAUGGAGCAGACGUUGAUAUUAUCGCUAUUCCUGGCCUAGAUACGAAAUCACCUGAUACCUGGAUCUGGAAGCCACAACCUCCAGGCCGAUCUGCUGAUGCAUCCAGAUCUGAAGUUAACUGGCUGAAGGACCCAAGAAUGCUGCCUGCCCUGGUGGGAUCGGCCCGGAUCUUCACCUGCGAUUGGCCGUCCAGAGAGUCGACAUACGCCCUCGAGCAACUCAUUCGAGACUUCACAAGCGAAUACCAGCAUAUCAGUAGAAACUGCCAGUUAGCUAUAUUCUAUGAAAUGCAAAAACUAAUCUUUUACGGAAUGGUUUGCCUCGUCGCGUUGCAGAUUUCCUCAAGGACGCAGAACUGCGAGACUAAGGAUAGAGCGGAUCUCAGGCGAUUUUUGCACAUUGACCAGUGCUAUAUCAACCUUGCCCUAGUCGAGCACACUAGUGACGACGCGACGAACAGCUCAGGUAGUGAAAAUGAUAUACCCCAAUCAUCUCCAUUUUCACUUACAUCUCGGCUCAAGAUUGAGAAGCUAGAUGCAACACAGACCAUAGCAUUACCGGCCCUCUUUGACCAACGGAAGGUACGCGGUGUAAUGGUUGAUCCUAGACGAGUCUUGAUCCGAGGUCGUGCUGGAGUUGGCAAAACAACCCUAUGCAAAAAGAUUAUCCUUGACUUUCUCGAAAAGAGGAUAUGGUCUGAUUUAUAUGACCGUGUGCUCUGGGUGCCCCUACGGAAUCUGCAGGGGAGGAAGGCACCUGGAUAUAACUUUGAGGACUUGUUUUAUGAUGAAUAUUUCUCUCAGCACCCAAACGGCAGAAGGUAUGCCAAGGAAUUAUUUGAAUGGAUAUCGAAUUCCAAGGGUAACAGAACGCUCUUUCUACUCGAUGGUUUAGAUGAGGUAGCUGGCUUGGAUAACAUGGAGACCUUUCUUGAAAAUCUACUAAAGCAGCCAAACUACAUCAUUACUACUCGGCCGCACGCGAAACAUUCCAAGCUCCUUCGCUCCGACGAGCCUGAUCUUGAACUAGAAACAAUUGGAUUUCAAUCAGAGCAAGUCAGUGAGUAUCUCAAGGCGACAAUCUCCGAUAAGCAGAAGUUAGACAACAUGCAAUUAUUCCUUCGAAAAAUCCAUUACUUCAAGGCCUUGUUCGGAUUCCGAUCCAGCUAG